UGAAAUGUUCCAUUGUAACCGUUCGUUGAUUUUUCCGUAGAAAACGUCACCUUCCAGGGUGAUGUUUCUAUUUUCCUGCAUUUUGAUGUUGAUCAUCCCUUGGUUAAGGAUUGCUUGUGAAGAUGAGCUGGAAGAUACUGUCGCGGUGAUGGUCAUGUUGACGACUGCUCCGUAUUUUCUCUUCUUUUGCAGAGGAUUUAAAACAGUGGGCCCUUUCGUGGUGAUGAUAUAUCGUAUGGUGAUGGGAGAUCUUCUAAGAUUUGCAUCUAUCUAUCUUGUGUUCGUCAUGGGGUUUUCUCAAGCUUAUUAUAUCAUAUUCCUAUCUUUCGACAAUCCCCUAACUCCAGACGAUGUAGACGACUCGGCCACUAACCCAAUGUCAACUCCAAUCGAGUCUAUAAUGGCGAUGUUCUUGAUGUCGAUGACAAACUUUGGAGACUAUUACGAUGCUUUUGCUCGAACUGAACAUGAGUACGAAGCGAAGGUUCUUUUUGUGAUUUUCAUGGGAAUUGUCGCAAUACUUCUGAUUAACAUGUUGAUCGCUAUGAUGGGGAAUACCUACCAAAAAAUCGCAGAAACUAGAAAUGAAUGGCAAAGACAGUGGGCAAGGAUAGUUUUAGUCGUGGAAAGAGGAGUUAGCCCGUCGGACAGACUCAAACAACUGAUGGUGUAUUCGCAGCCGAUGUCAGAUGGUCGAAGGGCGUUAGUAUUACGACUGAAUCAAUCGGACGAGGAUAAAGAAGAGAUGAAGGAAAUAUUGGAAAUCAAGAGAAGACACGAGCGAUAUGUCAAGAAAAGGAAGGAAAAAUUGGAACUUGAGAAAAAAGAAAAAAAUUGCUUAAAAAAGUAAUCUUAUAUAUUCCGAUAUAUGCGUUGCAAUAAAAAUAUGUUAUAUAGUACCUAGAACUGAAAUACUCAUCAAGCACAGUUGUUUCUUGUUAUCUAUAGGUACAUUGGUUAUGCA